GCAACAGUUGGUGUUCGAAAAUCGAAAUCCUUAAUCGGAACUACAAAACGAUCCAUCUUCAACCUAAUUUCCCUCCAAUUGCUCUGCUAUAUGAAGGAUCUUAAUGGUUGAAGAAUCGAAAAAGGAUUUUAAGUAAAUAUGGACAGGCUCACGAAUGCUUUUUCUGUGCUAGAAUUGGAUGUGGAGGAUGAUAGGGAACAGACAACGAUUGUUGCUGAUAAGACAGAGAAAGACAAUGGUGACUCUAAGAAAGAAACUGAUAGUGUCGAGGGUGCGACUGUAACUAAGAAUGAUACAGGCAGGCAUCAAAGCCUAGACAAGCUAGAAGGAGAAUACAGGUUGCCUCUCGUGUGGAUUGACUUGGAAAUGACAGGAUUGAAUGUUGAAGUAGAUAGAAUACUGGAGAUUGCCUGUGUGAUUACAGAUGGGAACUUGACCAAAUCUGUAGAGGGUCCUGACUUGGUCAUACAUCAAACAAAAGAGUGUCUCGAUGAAAUGGGAGAAUGGUGUCAAGAUCAUCAUGCAGCAAGUGGCUUGACAGAAAAGGUGAUCCAAAGUACCCUCAGUGAAAAAGAAUCUGAACAACAGGUUAUAGAAUUUGUCAAGAGACAUGUGGGCACAUAUACUCCUCUGCUUGCAGGGAAUUCAGUUUAUGUCGAUUUUAUGUUCUUGAAGAAAUACAUGCCUGAUUUGGCUGGUCUUUUCUCUCACGUAGUCGUUGAUGUCAGCAGCGUUAAGGCUUUGUGUCUUCGUUGGUUCCCCAAAGAUAACAAAAAAGCUCCACGAAAGGAGAACAAGCACAGAGCCAUGGACGACAUAAAAGAAAGCAUCGCCGAGCUCAGAUACUACAAAGAAAACGUAUUUAAAUCAUCAAAAUCUAAAAGGUAAACGUCAAAUGCAAGAAACACGAGCAUCGACAACAUUUCCAAUUCUCUAAAACGACUCCGUUAUUAUCGACAAGGGGUUGAUCAUCCGAUUCAGGCUUCCAUUUAGUAGCCAGGAGUAAUCAUAUCCUUGUAUGUGUUUGCAUUGUUUGUCUCUUUUUAUGUUACUAUCAGGUUCGUAAUUAUCUGAUGAAUUACUCAUGCUUUAAUCCCAUCUGUUUUUAAAGUAUAUAAUAUUUGUAUACAGUUAAUGCAACAAAUAAACU